AUGUACGGUAGAUUGCCACUUUUGAGAUUUGCACAGUUGGCUACGGGCGGCGUGAAGAAGCCGCACCGCUACCGGCCCGGCACGGUCGCCCUGCGCGAGAUCCGGCGCUACCAGAAGUCCACCGAGCUGCUGAUCCGCAAGCUGCCGUUCCAGCGGCUGGUGCGCGAGAUCGCGCAGGACUUCAAGACCGACCUGCGCUUCCAGAGCUCGGCCGUCAUGGCGCUGCAGGAGGCGUGCGAGGCCUACCUGGUGGGGCUCUUCGAGGACACCAACCUCUGCGCCAUCCACGCCAAACGCGUCACCAUCAUGCCCAAGGACACCCGGGUCCCCUACAGGUUAAUGGAGGGCCUCAUUACAGGAUAGCCCCCCCCAUCCAAAGGCUGUCAGGAGUCACACCCGUGUUUCCUAACUGUAGACAUGCUCUGAGGCACUGCCCCCCCCAUCACCCUCGAUGUUGCCAAAUGAAUAAAAUAUUGGGAUUACAUUGGUAUGUAGAACACCAUUCUGGAGCCCGAGAAAACUUUCACAUCUGGGAUGAACGAAAAUCUUCAGGGCUGUUGCCUCAGGGUAAUUUCUGUCGAACCUUAACAUCUAAGGGAAGUUUCUCGUAACUAGUGCAAUUGAAAUGUGCAAUAUUGCUAAUCCCGCAGGCUGCUCUGCCUUCCAGACUCACAGGAACGAGUGGAGUCAGAAAAAUACUAUAGAGGAGUCUGAUAUGGUUUGACCAAGGGCUGCUUAGGAAUGAAGUAUAGUGUGUGGCGGGUUUCUGACAAACCCUGGCCUCCGAGGGGGCAGGGUUAGGGAUGGAGGAAGGUCUGUUGACGAGUACCACACUUUUGUUGCUGUUAGGGAGUAAGGAAAUAAGGAAAACCCCUGCCAACUGGUUUUAUUGCCCAGGGUAAAGAAUCUUGCCUCCUACUCUCUGUUCACUGUACUCCUUUAACUGAUGUCAUCUCAAAAAGGGGAGGGGGGGAGCGGGAAGCAUUCUUGGGUUUUUUUUUUCUUGAAUGUCUUGCAUAACCUUGGCUGCCCAGUGACAUUUAUGGAAAUCCUUCUCAGAAUAAUAUUUGAGGUGCAUAAAACACAAACAUUACAAAAAACGUAACCCUUUAGUUACUGAUGUAUUUUUAAUAAAAAUAAAUUCGAUAGGACUGA